UUCACAUCUCAUUUUCACUCUCUCCAUCUUCAAGAAACACAAAACAGAGAGAAAAAAAAGAGUGAAAAUGUUUUUCUCCAAGGAUCUUCCUUCACCUACAUCGUUUUUCACAGCUUAUGCAUCAAUGGCGGGCUACAUAAUGAUGAUACGAUCAAUGGCCCACCAGCUGAUCCCAGGCACUGUCCAAGAUCUCAUUUACUCUUCUCUACACUCUCUGCUCUUCCGUUCUACUUCCACAACUUUGACUCUAACCAUCGACGACGACAACAUGGGCAUGCACAACGAGAUCUACCAAGCCGCUCAGACUUAUCUCUCAACCAAGAUCAGUCCAGACGCAGUCAGGCUCAGAAUCAGUAAAGGCCAUAAAGACAAACACGUCAACUUGUACCUCAGCGACGGAGAAACCGUCAACGAUGUGUACCAAAACGUGGAGCUAAAAUGGAGGUUUGUUACAGACCGAGGAGACAAGAAAGGCGAUGACGACCGAAGAAGCGAGUACUUCGAGCUGAGUUUCGACAAGAAACACAAAGACUUGAUCUUAAACUCUUAUAUUCCUCACGUGGAGAGCAAAGCUAAAGAGAUUAGAGACGAGAGGAGAAUCUUGAUGCUGCAUUCUCUCAACAGUCUCCGAUGGGAAUCGGUUAUCUUAGAGCAUCCUUCAACUUUCAAAACAAUAGCUAUGGAAGAUGAGCUCAAGCGUGACGUCAUGGAGGAUCUUGACCGGUUCAUUAGGAGGAAAGAUUAUUACAAGAAGGUAGGGAAAGCUUGGAAGAGGGGUUACUUAUUGUACGGACCACCGGGAACUGGGAAGUCUAGUCUGGUUGCGGCUAUGGCUAAUUACCUCAAGUUUGAUGUCUAUGAUCUUCAGCUGGCGAGUGUGAUGCGUGACUCUGAUCUAAGGAGGCUCUUACUCGCCACACGUAACCGGUCGAUUCUUGUGAUUGAAGAUAUCGAUUGUGCAGUGGAUUUUCCCAACAGGUUGGAACAACAACAGCCUGGUGAAGGCAAGAACUGUGGCGACUCUCAGGCACCUUUGACGUUAUCUGGGCUGCUGAAUUUCAUAGACGGGUUAUGGUCAAGCUGUGGAGACGAGCGCAUUAUAAUAUUCACAACGAACCAUAAAGAUAGGCUUGACCCGGCAUUGCUACGUCCAGGUCGUAUGGACAUGCACAUAUACAUGGGACAUUGUACUUUUCAAGGGUUCAAGACCUUAGCCUCUAACUACUUGGGCUUAAACGACACCACAAUGCCACACCGUCUUUACCCGGGGAUCGAGCGAUUGAUGGACGGGGAAGUGAUUACACCAGCACAAGUGGCAGAGGAGCUGAUGAAAAGCGAGGAUGCUGAUGUGGCGCUUGAGGGUUUGGUGAAUGUUUUAGAGAAGAUGAGGUUUAAAGCUAAUGAACUGAGUCCGGUUUUGAAGAAGAAAGAGAGUAGAUUGGAGAGGGAUGAGAUGAGAGCAAGGCCUGAUACUGAAGGUUCUCCUAGGAAGAACAGCAAAAGAAUCAAGAAGCUUGUUCUGUUUUGGACCUAAGACGUGCGCCACAAACUUCUACGGUCCAGUAUUAGUUCACAUAAUUAAGAUAAUGAGAGAAAAAUAUACCGAAAGCCUUUACUAUGAUUUUAGUAGAAAAAAAGUAAGUAAAUCUGUUCCUUAAAAAAAAAAAAAGUAAGUAAAUCUGUUUGUCUAUUGAAUUUGGAUGGACAAAGUUCAAUUGUGUUGAAAGAAAUUGAUCAAAUAGAGUAA